AUGACAAAUUUACAGCGACCAAGUACAUCAUGUCAAAGGCAAAGACCAUCAUUAACUGAUGAUAAUAAUCAACGUAAUAAUAAUGAAAAAUAUCUCUUUACAAGAAGUUAUACAUUCGAUGGUCUCCAACCAACAAAACAACAACAACAACCAUCAUCACCACCACACGAAGUAGUGAAACCUCUCCGACCAGCAACAGCAUCGGGAGGUCAACAAGCACAACGGUUAGGUCGUAGUUUAUUGAGUAAUGAUAAUUGGCGAGAAGCAACAAUGAAUGAUGUUCGGGUUAAUGCAAAGGUUAUGGAACAAAGUGAUCGAAAUAUACUCUAUGGCAAAGGUAUUGAUCCCUUACCACAUGUACGUGAAAUGCUUAGUGAAUUGAGUAAUGCAGACGCAUUUAAUUAUGCACGUCAAUGUCGUGUUGUUGUUGCUAAAUUACGUUUAUGUUGGAUUGAUGUCAAUGAAGAAAUCAAAUCAUUAUUAAAACAUAAAGACUAUACUGAAGCAGCUAUUGAUCAUAUUCGAAAAGAUUUAGUUAUUAAUAGAGAAAGUGUUAAUAUGCGGAGAAAACCAAAACGAGAAUCGGAAGCGGAUGGUGUUGAUGAUAUACUUGUUGCUGAAAAAUAUCAUUUACGUAAUAUAAAAAAAAUCUUGGAACAAAAUUGCAAAAAUGUUAUUGAUCAAAUGCAGAAACUUGAUGAAGUUCGUCACCGUAUAGCUAAAAUAAGUAAAGAACGUUCAUUAGUGACAGAACUUAUAUGUCAAUGUUUAACAAGUGCAUCACGAGCAUUUGAAAUAGCUCGAAUUGAAAAAUUAGAAAAUUCAUAUCAUCGUCGAGGACCUAUACCUGCUAAUGUUCGAUCAACUUCUGCACAUGCUUUACGAGCACAACAUGGUAUGAAUACAGCUGAAUCAAAAUUACUUGAUGAAAAUGGUUUAUCUACUGUUGGUCAUUUAAAAGCUUUUACACCUGAUGUUAUACAAGCAUUUGAUGAUGCAGCUAAAUUAAUGGAUGAAUCACGUGAAAUAAAAAAACAAGCAAUGAAUCAAAUUAAAGAUGCAUUUAACGAUGCAAAAGCUUAUACAUUAACUGUUAAUCAAAGUAUUGCUCAAAAACUUGCGGAUAUUAUAACAUUAGCACAACAUUUAACAGUAUCAGUUGGUGAAAAUAUGCUUGCACAAAGUCGUGCACAACGUUGGCAUGAUUUAAGUAUGAGUGCAUACCGAUCAAAUUCAGGUCCGGUUAGUUCAUCUCAAUUGAAAAUAUCUGAACGUCUUGAUCGACCUAUUAUUCGAACAUUUCAACGGCAUCCUGGAAAUCAAGUAUCCGAAGCUCAAAUGACUAUUAAAGCUACAACAAAUCUUCAACAAUCAGCUGAAGAAACAAAUAAACAAUUGAAAACAUUAAAAGUUGUUGGACAACGAUUAAAAUCAAAUUUAAUUGAUAAAGAAUCUGCAUUAGAUAUUGAUUCACAUCUUCUUCGUCAACGACGUGAACGAUCUAAUCAUAAAUGGGGUGUAACAAAAUAUGUACCCGUUUAA